CAUCACAUGACAGUUGGGCUAAGUUCCUACCUCAACUUAACCAACAGCCUCUGUUUUUUUCUUUACUCAUUUAACAAAUGAUUCUGUCGAACCAACCUUUUUGUGCUUAUCCCCAGCUUCUCAACUUCUUUACUUCCAAGUAGUAGUAAUAUUAACUAACCGAUCAUACAGGCAAAACCCAACUAGCUAAACCCCACCUUGUUACUUAUAUCUCCCUUUCAUUCUUUCUUUCUCUGAACUAAUAUCUAGAGAGUAUAGAGUGUGUUAGAAUUCGAGGAUCAAGAUACGCCCUUUUGGCUUUUGGGUGGAAGUUAUAAUUAUGGUGGGCAUUUUUUCUAGAUUUUCUGUCAGCAGAUCAGCUGGCCAUCGUCGGACUCAAAGUGCACUUGAUGAAAGGGAAGUGUUUCCCCCAAAUUCAGAGGCAAUAGAUGCUGCUGCUACUACAGCUGGAGCUCCCUCUGUUACGCCUAAUGGUAUUGAAAAUGCAGUCGAGUUCAAGCCAGUUGAACACCCAACUGAGCCGCUCAAUAUUGAUCGACCAAUUCAAUGUCCAUUUCCAGAACCUUCAAUAUUGAAUGAUGGAAGAAUAUGGAAAGAGCGAGUCCCUGCUGUGCGAAUUAGAAAGCCUGAUAUUCCAGUUAUGAAGGAAGGAAGAGCUGCCGACGCAGAGGCAGCUCGAACAAUACCUAGACCUCCCAUGAAUCGGGUUAUUCUUCCAUCAAUAAGUGCACCAGAACAUAGUCUGCUUAAACUGCUGGAGGAAUCUGGGAUUUGUUGAUGGAUUGCUAUACUAAAGAAAGUUGAUACUCUCAGCUGGCCUCUUUCGACAUAUCCUUCUUGCUUUAAAUGCUCGGUAUAGCGUAUUCCACAGGGAAAUUCAAACACAGUUGCAUGUAGAUAUUUAUAAUAAUACUAAUGGAAAUCUUUUGUGCAAUCUACAGUACUAUAUUUUAGGUUA